AUGUUAGUUGUUAUGCUUUUAUUUUAGUUUUAAGUUUUAUUAAAUGCUUAGAAUAAUGAUAAAUCAAAAGAUGAAUAUAAAUUUGUUAUAUUCUCAGAAUUUUGCUUUGAUUAAUUUUUCGGAGAUGAAGAUGUUAGCAAUGAAUGUAUAUCUGAUGUAUAUCAUAAAUAAAAACUAGACAAUUAGCCGAACAAUUAGUAUUUUAAUGGUAGGAUUUGCUGUCAUGAAUCAAGUGCCACAAAUUUAUAAAAUUUUGAAAUCGUAAUCAAUACAAGGAAUCUCAUUUAAUGCUUAUUACACAGAAGUAAAAAAUCAAAUAAAAAAAUUAGUUAUAUUUGUUUUCAUUUAUAACUGCUUAUAAUCUAUAUAAACAAACAAAAUUCAUUUUAUAUGGUGAAAAUGCAAUAGUUGGACUUGAAUAUUGCAUAGUUUUAUGCCUAUUCUUAUUUUAUGAUAAAAUUUUGAAUUUUCAUUAAUGGCUCUUUAAGGCAGUUUUUUUUAUACUUAUCAAUAUCCCUUUGUAUUUAGGUUUUGGACCAUAAUGGAUCUUUGAUCUGACUAUAUACAUUAAUAUGAGUUUGCGUAAAUUAUUAAUAUAAUAAGUUGAUAGUUUUCGUAGCCAGAUUUUUAUAAAUAAGGCUGAAUUGUAAAAAUAGAAAUACAGGAUAAUUAUCAUUGCUCACAUAAUUGCAAAACUCUGCAGGUAGUAUAGCAAGAUUAUUUACUUUGUUUAAUGAU